AUAGAAGAAAAUGAGGAAGGUUGGUUACAAACCAUGUACAGAAAAAGAACACAUUGGGUUCCAUGCUAUCUCAAAGAUACAUUCUUUGCAGGAAUGACAUCAAGCCAACGUAGUGAAAGCAUAAAUGCCUUCUUUGACACAUACGUCAACUCACAAACAUUGUUGCCCGAUUUUGUUGAGCAAUAUCAUAAAGCAAUAUUGUCGCGUCGUUCUCAAGAAUUAAGUAAAGAUUUUGCUACUUUGAAUACAAAGCCUGUGAUGCAUCUAAACCAUCCGAUUGAGAUUCAAGCUGGAGAGUUAUAUACAAGAGCUAUAUUUGAGAGGUUUCAGGAUGAGCUUAAAGGUUCUGUAUCUUUGUUUCAUAAUGAGAUCGGAAACGAAGAAUCAAUUUCUAAAUACAUAGUUGGCUCGAUCUCUACUGAAAGAAGUGUAUGGGAGCAUGUAGUUUAUAAUCAAAAUGAACAAAGAAUAACAUGUACAUGUGCUAUGUUUGAGACUAAUGGAAUAUUAUGUAGGCAUGCCAUUCAUAUUAUGAUAUCGAAUCAGUUGGUAAGAAUUCCUCAAGAAUACAUUAUGCAUAGAUGGACAAUGAAUGCAAUGCACCGUAAUAUUGGAGUCUCUCAUGUGUUGCUGGAGAAAAACUUUAAUAGUAAUAGAGAACAAUGGACUACUUUGCGCUCUUGGGCUUUGAGAGCAAAAUUUAAUAACGUGAUGGAGUGGGCACCUGAAUCACCUAUGGUCUUUGAUGAAAUAGAUACAUUUUUUUCUAACUUGAUGGAAAAACAUGAAAAAGAUAUUAGUGCUAAGCAAAUCAAGGGGAUUGAAGCUACAAGUCGGGUUGAAUCUAGUACUCCUCCUUCCCAUACUAUUGAGAAACUCCCUCAAAUCACUGUUCGUGACCCUCUUGAGUCUACAAAACAUAAGGGGCGGCCGAGAACAAUUAGCAGAUUGAAAUCGGGACUUGAACAAGCACAGGGAAAAAAAGAGAUAAAAAAGAGGACAUGCGGCAGAUGUGGUCAAAAGGGACAUUAUAAAAGUAGUUGCACUAAUUCUCUUGUUGCUAACCCGUCAAAUAACUAGGUAUUUUAAUGUUUCAUUGUUCAAAAAGAUACUUACAUUAGUUGACUGAUACAUUUUAUUACAGCUAGUUCUAUUUAUUCAUCUGAUUCUUGUUUAUUUAUACAGGCUGAAUUUGAAGUUCAUCAUCCGACUCCUAACAGAGUUUGCAAUCACCCUUUCCACUUUCACUGCAUCGGUAGGUGGCUCAAGACCAGGCAAGUGUGCCCUUUAGACAACAGCGAGUGGGAGUUCCAGAAAUAUGGCCACUAGAUUUUGGAGGUCAAAGCGUUUACAAUUUCAUGCAUCUUUCUAAAACUGCAUUUAGCCUAAUGAGGACUGGAAGUUGUAAUGAAACACGAAUAUUGGAAUUUCUGAGAAUGAAGGAUAUCAUUAUAAUUUUCCGUUGCUUUGA